GGAAAAGAUCUCAAAAGCAGAGGAGACAGUAAUACAGACUGGAAUACUGGAUUAAGAUUUUCAUCUAGUAAUAAUUAGCUUCCUGGUCAGAGGUUCUCAAAUUCUUGAUUUUGGGCUAAGAUAAGAUUUUUUUCAUUUACGUAUGGCUGCAUGUGGCGGAAAUGACGAGGCUGAAUGGAUUCAAAGAUUGAGAGCCGAAGGAGCUGUUCCACGUCUUGAGCCGGAAAAUUGCCCUAAUGGUUGGGCAACCCCACCUGCAGACAAGUUCAUGGUUAGAGGCCCAGAAUAUUUUUCAACACGGGUUAAGAUACCUGGUGGUGAGUAUCUUUUAAAGCCUCUAGGAUUUGAUUGGAUCAAAGGCGCUACAAAGAUUGGAGAGGUCCUAAACAGUCCUAAUAGCCGUAUUAGGAAAGCUCUAGACGACGAAUUUCCAUCUGCAGAAAAGCCUUUUGUUUGGGCAUUUAAUCUGCAAGUACCGAAUAAAGAUAACUACAGUGCUGUUGCUUAUUUUGGUGCAUUGCAGCCUAUUCCAGAAGGGUCAUUGAUGGACAAAUUUGUGAAGGGAGAUGAUGCAUAUCGUAAUUCAAGAUUAAAACUGAUAGCAAAUAUUGUCAAGGGUCCUUGGAUAGUGAGAAAAGCAGUUGGGGAGCAAGCAAUUUGUAUACUUGGGCGAGCUGUGUCAUGCAAGUACUCCAUUGGAGAGAAUUUUAUAGAAGUUGACGUGGAUAUUGGAGCUUCAAUGGUUGCAAAUGCAAUUGUCCAUUUAGCAUUUGGUUAUAUAACAACUUUGACCGUUGAUUUAGCAUUUCUCAUUGAAAGCCAGAUCGAGCCUGAACUUCCAGAACGAAUCCUUGGUGCAGUACGCUUCUCAGAGCUGAACCCUAAUUCAGCUCGGCCAAUUGAACCUCUAUCGGAAAGAAGCCCUACCAGUGUGCAGUCAAAUGUUAGUACACGAUGGUGGCAAUCAAUUGGACAAGGCCUUAACAACCUAAGAAGUCAUCAAGGUGCUCAGGAAAGUUCCUCUGCUGCUGUCUCACCACAAGUUAAUGGAAGAAUACAUGACGAAGACAAGAUUGAAGAAACCAAGAAUUCCUGAUCAAGUGAGGCAUCAUCGUCUUUUCAGUGGGAAGAUAUGGUUCACACUUUAAACAUCUCUCAAAGGCAAAUCAGGUCACCUUGGCCGUUGUACUAUAAUCACACCACGCAGUUCCUUCUAUUAGUUGCCGGUCCCUUUAGGGCAAUUUUAUACCAAAAGGGGUUUUUAAUGGAUUUAUUUGAUCACAAACUUUAGUGGUUCCAUUCUAACUCUUGUUCAUACACUGAAAUACCUGUCAUAGCGACUGAUAAUAGAUAUAAACAAUAGGAGGUUCAAAGUUUGUGUAAUCAAUCUUAAACAUUGACCCCUAUAAUGUUAUAUUUUAGUUUUUACAA